AUGGCUUUCAUCAGGGAGAAAGAUGCUCUGAAACGUUAUGGAACCGUCAUUUAUGGUGAUACAUCAGUUCGCUAUAAAAUACGUGAAUUUGAUCAUCUGUUAAUGGAUAAUGCUAUUCGAGGAUUUGCUUGUCGAGAAUUACCCGGUCAUUAUCUGCCAUGUUUUACAUUGAGUGACACAUUUUCAUGGUUUAACGAGUCUUAUUCAACAUUCAAUGAUGUUUAUAUAGCUGAAGCGGGUUUUAUAGUUGUUCAAGAUAAUUUUCUAUCGCGAAUGAUAAUGAAAGCGUGGACUACGUGUGCUUUGGAUCCUAAAUGUUUAGUACCACCUAAUUCAAAGACGAAAUGUAAACAACCAGGUGUAGCACAUGGAACACAUCGUUUUGAUCAAAGUGCAAUGGUAACUGUUUUAACAUUUUUCUUCUAUCAGAGUCAACGUAUUAAUGAUAGAAAUGAGCCAGCACCAUAG